CGCUCUGCUGCCAGCGCUGCGAUGCUCUGCAUUUUCACUGUGCACCUAAAUAUGUAAUGCGCUGGCCCCACUCAUCAGUAAACAUGGGGUGCACAUAUUGUGGGGUGACCCUGCGGUCAUCAGAACGCCAUAUCUCCACCUUAUUGGCCCUGGAACCUCACAAUCCCCGACUCACCCCGUUAUAUAAUGGCCUUGGCAGAAGCAGUCCUCAAGGCCGCCGGGACCGCCGUCAACAGAAUAAAUAGCGGAGGGAUCCAGAGCGGCACUCAAACAGAUCCAGCCACAGGUGUACCCCGCCAUGCUGCGUCUCAUCGCUCUCCUCGCCACCCUCUGCGCAGUCGCUCAUGGCUGCCCCACCAUCCUCACCAAGUCUCAGUGGGGGGGUCGUGCUGCCACCUGCAGGACAGCCAUGGCCACUCCAGUCACAUACGUGGUCAUCCACCACACUGAGGGCACCGCCUGUACCACUCAAUCCGCCUGCAUCACCCAAGCCAAGAACAUCCAGAGCUACCACAUGACCAGCAACGCCUGGUGCGACAUCGGCUACAGCUUCCUUGUUGGUGAAGACGGCAACGCAUACGAGGGGCGUGGAUGGACAUCUGUGGGAGCGCACGCCCCCAACUACAACUCCAACUCCAUUGGCAUCAGCGUCUUCGGCUCCUUCACCAGCCGUAAUCCCAACACAGCAGCCAUAAACGCAGUCAAGAGUCUCAUCAGCUGCGGCGUCACCAAAGGAUACAUCAAGUCUGCCUACAUCCUGAAGGGACAUCGCAACGUCACCGCCACCGACUGCCCCGGAAACACCUUCUACAACACAGUCAAGACCUGGCCCCGCUUCCAGGCAUAAUCCCGAGGGUUAACUCGCCCUGUUUCUAGGCAUAAUCCCGAGGGGUAACGCCCGCUUCUAGGCAUAAUCCCGAGGGGUAACACCCGCUUCUAGGCAUAAUCCCGAGGGGUAACGCCCGCUUCUAGGCAUAAUCCCGAGGGGUAACGCCCGCUUAUAGGCAUAAUCCCGAGGGGUAACGCCCGCUUCUAGGCAUAAUCCCGAGGGGUAACGCCCGCUUAUAGACAUAAUCCCGAGGGGUAACGCCCGCUUCUAGGCAUAAUCCCGAGGGGUAACGCCCGCUUCUAGGCAUAAUCCCGAGGGGUAACACCCGCUUCUAGGCAUAAUCCCGAGGGGUAACGCCCGCUUCUAGGCAUAAUCCCGAGGGGUAACGCCCGCUUCUAGGCAUAAUCCCGAGGGGUAACGCCCGCUUCUAGGCAUAAUCCCGAGGGGUACCGCCCGCUUCUAGGCAUAAUCCCGAGGGGUACCGCCCGCUUCUAGGCAUAAUCCCGAGGGGUACCGCCCGCUUCUAGGCA